AUGGAUAGGUGUCCCUUAUGUUAUGGAACUUUCCAGAAACCUAAAAUUUUACCAUGUUUGGAUACUAUGUGCUUCGCUUGCCUUGACGAGUACGUAAUAAAGAAUGCACGGAGCUCGGGCACCUUCUCCUGCCCUGUCUGUAAUUUAGAACUGGCAGUGCCGGAAGGCGGAAUCACAAACUUUGAUGACAACCAACAUAUCAAAGGGGAGCAGGCGUUGGAGUCACUGCCAAAUAUGGAUCUUCUUUGUGAGGUGUGUGACGAGAAACAAGAUGCUACUCAGCGGUGCAUAGACUGUGAGCAGAACUUCUGUAAGAAUUGCAGCAAGGCCCAUCUUCGCCUUAACAUUGCCAAGAGUCACACCCUUGUAAACCUGGUAGGAUCCGAAGGCAAACGAUACCUAGUUUCAAUAGGUUACUGCGACAAGCAUAAGAACGAGGAAUUGACUUUUUACUGUCGCACGUGCCAGAUACCGAUCUGCAUGAGAUGUCGCCUGACAAUUCACGAGGACCACACGACGGAAGAUCUCGUAGACUUUGCCUUGAGAGCGAGGCGAGAUUUGAAAAUCGCGUUAGAUGAAAACAAAGGUUGUCGAUUUAACAUGCUAAAUGAUAUAGAGGAACUUCGCGUUUACAAAGAAAAAAUAGCCGAGAAGAAAAAUAGAGCAAAAAAGUUGAUUAUGCAACGGAGACAGCAAUUUCACAAAGCUAUUGACGAUGUUUGUGACGACAUGGUUGAAAAACUAGAACACGAAGUAACAAAAGAAAUAGAUAUUGUGGAAGAAGAUAAAGAACUCAUUGAGCAAGACAUGCUGACACUUUCACAGAAGAUAGCAACGGCAAAUCAAAUGGUAGAUUUCGGAUCGGAUAUAGAAGUAGUAAGAGGUCGUCUAGACAUUCUUGGAAGUCUAGAAUUGUCAAAAAAGGAUGUUCCCCUAAGCGUGACUGGUAUAAAGUUAAAUGUUGAUUUUACUUGUCAAAAGCAAGCUGAAUUGAGUUUGAAAUACCUCAUUGGUAGAUUGUCCACAGAUCUUAUACCACCAAGGUAUAUACAAGUUACUGAAGUGUCCACAUUCCGCGUAGAGAACACGUCUGACGUCAUCAAUUCAAUAUGUCCAUCACCAGAUGGUAACUGUUGGGUCGUGUGCGGAUGGAAGUCUGAUAUCAUAUUGUUUGAUCGUCUUGGAAAAAAGAUGCGUAUGAAAAAGGUAGGUAGAGAUGUAGACUGCUUGUCUAUCGAUUCGGACGGAAACUCGUAUGUUUCUUGUAGAGAUGAACAUUCAGUUAAACGUUUCGAUCGUAACUUCCGGCGCAGAAUGGCUACAUUAAAUAUAGAAUAUCCACGUGGUAUAGCAACAACCAAUGACAAUAAGCUGGUCAUAUGCGUCAACAAAACAACAACUUACUUUGAGUAUGAACCAAGUCAUCAAAACAAAGUUCUUAAACUUGGACCAGAUGGAGAUGAAUCAAAAGAACUCAAAAAUCCAUCACUAUGCUUCAUGUAUCCAAUUCGAGUUGCCGUGAAUAUCAACAAUGAAUUGUGCGUUUCUGAUAAUUUGAAACAUGCAGUGAUGUUUCUGCGACCAAACGGAGAAAUAAAAUCGAUGUACUCUGGAAACAGAAAAAACAGCGAUAUAAUUCUUGUACAGUCUCCCUCUCGGCUAAAUUUGACAACGGCAAAAACUGAGGGGUCAUCUUCCCGCCCUGGGGCAGUUAGUUUUAAAUUACCUGAGAGUAGACGAGAACAAGAUGGGCCGCUUGAAGGAACUCCAAAAUCAAUUAUGGAUAAAUCUCACGCGCCAGUAAACAGCCCUAAGACCGUUCAGAUAUCCGAGCAUGCAUUAGCACCAUUGAAUUUAAGCUACGAGAGUACAUUUGUCUCUAGUGUUACGAUCGACAGUGCAUCCAAACAAAUCGUAAGUCCAGAAAAGCAAGUACCGGCCCAUGUCAAGGCAUUGACUGAUAUGACCGGUGGGGCAGAAACAGCUAGCGUUACUGACGUGGAUUCAGAAAAUGAAUUUUUUCAGCAUGUACCGCCGUUUGAUCCAAGGGGAAUAACUUGUGAUAAAUACGGUCACGUAAUUGUUGCAGAUUAUAGUAGCAAUAUGGUCCACUUGUUAGACAAACAUGGUCGGUUUUUGAUGUAUCUUUUGACGGAAGCAGACGGCAUAUUCGGACCGACGUCUGUUGCAGUUGAUACAUCAGGGUUACUCUGGGUAGGCGGCGGGGAUGCUACAGUAAAAAUCUACAAAUACAUAAACUUAGCAGGCUAUUAAUUUUAAAUGGUGUCAUAGCUUAAGUCGUAUGCAUCUCGUCUACUCUUGUGUUAAAUAUAUAGUGUCGUAUUUGUGAACCACUUUUCCGCAACAUAUCAAUUAUCUUAUAACAGGUAAUAAAUUUUAAAGGUGAUUAAUUUCCAGUUAGUAUGCAGUGUGGUAAAAACUAUAUACCUUUCACCAAUACAAGUAAGCAUAAAAUAUACUCAGGAAGUAUGCACUUGAUUACUUGGAAAUUCUGCAAAAUAUUGGCAAAUGCGGUAGAAAUGUAUUGACCACAAAAUGGUUUACUUUGUAUUGAAUUUUGAUAAUUAUUCGAAUUGUGGCUUCGUGUGAAGCGUCUAUCACGUCAAUGGAUCAACGGGAGUGUUCGAGAUUGACAAAACUGACGUGACGUCAUGUGGAAUUGGGUUUGAAUGACCUUCCAUAUCCAAAGGCAAGAAAGCAUUUACAAAAAGCAGAACUCUGCAACUUCACCCUAAAGCUGUUUAAAUGUCAUCACAGUUCUGACAAAAAUCAGACAAACCACCAUGUAGUCAAUACAUUUCUGCAAAUUUUACCAAAUAUGCCAAUAAUUUGCUUUAAAAAGUAUACAAAAUUUAAAAUACCCGGUAAGCAAAUGAAUACUUUCUUUUGCAACUGAGUAUAUAACGAUUUGAAGUGAGGAAUCAAGUCAAGGUCAGAAAUAUUCUUCACUUAUGUACAAUUUAUGAUGAAGCACUCCCAACUUUUGAUCCUCGUCAUUUUAUAUGCCCUGAAUCUGUUUGCUUUUGAAUCGAAACUUUUUACCUCUGUUUAUAUUAUUAACAACUGUCUCGCAUAAAUCCUUCUUAAUUAAAUCAUUAUAUAGUAAGGUAUUUAAAUAAUACAGUAAAAACCAAAGUUUACAUUUUGCUUCAUGUAAAAGUCUAAAUCCUACAGGAUACCUUUCAACUUUUACCAAGAAACAUUUCUGCUACUUUUAUUCUACUGGCGGUAACUGAAUUUACCAGUCCAGACCAUGACCAGACGACACGGAUACCAAUUGCAUCCGACACGUACAUGUUGAUUGAUCAUGGUCUGCACUGGUCGCUGUUCAGUAAGUUUUUUUGAAUGGCUUUUUCCAGACUGAAAAAUGGACAAGACCCGAUAAGAUAUUUAGGGUCAAAUUUUAGUCAUUUAUGUUAUUAGCGCAAUUUAAAUCCUAAUUCCAGACUACAUCUUCCAAAAUAUCAUUUUGAACUGACACAACUGUUUUUAUACACUUUUAUCUUCUUUUCCUUCUGUUAAAUAAGGCAUACUUAUUUGAAAAUUUGUAAUUUAUGCAAUAAACUUCAUCAAGUAGCAAUAUAUGCUCGUUUCUCAAUCCAUAUAAUUGUGAUGUAAUAUAAAAUAAAACCACUUUUGUAAAUUUGCUAAAAGAAAUACAUGUAUGUAUAAACUGAAGCUAUACUUGUUCAUUUCUCAAUAAAUAUAAACUUUAUUUACCCUAGUUACAGGAAUGGACUUACUGUCCGUUUAGGAUAAUUAUUUAGUGACGCGGCGGUCAAGUCCACUAUUACGGUGUAAAACAGUUAUCAUAUUGUGUUUAUUAUCUUUGGACACGUAUGCUUGCAAUAUCAACAAGCAAAUUCGUUGAAUUUAUAUCCCCCGCCGAGUACUGGUUAUUACUAACACAACAACUGAAGACAUAAGGCUUUAUUUAUAUAUUUAUCAUGGCAUAAACAGUAAUAUUCUUUGAACUUGAUAAAUAUUCAGGGCAAUAACAGAGCCUUAACUCUGUGUUAAAUAGUAUUAUCUGGAAAUGCCAAUGAGAUGUAUGCAUACUGCAUAACUAAUCAAGGGCCAUACAUUUGAGUUAUAAGUGUCUGAACGGAACAAGGUGACUAUAUGCACAUAUCCUCUUCGUAUCCCAUAAAGUUUCAUUGAAUUCCAGCCAGUAGUUACAGAGAGGUAGCACGGAAACGAUUAUUGCUCUGGUUGUAUACUGCAUAAGUUAUCAAGGGCCAUAACUCUAAGUUAAAAUGUCUGACCCGAACAAGGCGACGAUAUGCCCAUCUCAUCUUGGUAUUGAAGGUUCCAAUAAAGU